AUGGCGCGGCCGCUCGGCCUCGUCCUCGCCAUCGCGCUCCUCGCCGCCGUAUCAGUGGCCCUGCUCCCCCCUGUCAGCGCCGCUGACAACGACUACACUCACUGCGAGGGGGCAGUCAAGAGUUGGGCGGACUCGGUUGGGGAAGGCGACGAUGGCGCAGACAAGCUCAACCUCAAGGAUUUGCUCUUCUUCCUUCAUAUUCCUAGAACCGGUGGCCGUGCCUACUUCCACUGCUUCUUGAAAAAGCUGUAUACCAGUGCUCAGGAAUGCCCCCGUUCCUACGAUAAGCUGCGGUUUGACCCAAGCCAUCCUGACUGCAAGCUGGUUGUAAGUCAUGACGACUACAGCUUAACUUCCAAGCUGCCAAAGGAGAGGACUUCCGUGGUGACGAUACUACGGAAUCCAGUCGACCGCGUGUUUAGCACGUACGAGUUCUCGGUUGAAGUUGCAGCCAGGUUUCUUGUGCAUCCGAACUUAACGUCUGCAAAGACAAUGACCACCCGUCUGUUAAAAAAAACACGCGGUGUAAGUACAUUGGAUAUAUGGCCUUGGAAGUACUUGGUUCCAUGGAUGAGAGAAGAUCUUUUCACCAGGAGAGAUGCUAGAGGGAUUGACAAUACGCGAAGCAGCAACAAGGUUAAUCCAUAUGAUGUGGACGACAUGGCUAUGCCAUUACACCAGUACAUCAAUGACCCUGUUGCCCAUGAAAUCAUUCAUAAUGGAGCUACCUUUCAGGUUACUGGGCUAACAAAUAACUCUUACUUUGAUGGAGCACACAAGGUUCGGCAUUGUGUUAGAAAGCACCCUGAUCUUGGUCGUUUUGUGCUUCAAGUUGCUAAGAACAGGUUGGACCGUAUGCUGUACGUAGGACUUACAGAGGAUCAUGAAGAAUCCGCGAGGUUGUUUGCUCAUAUGGUAGGAGCCCAAGUGCUUUCACAGUCUGGAAUUUUGAACUUGGAUAUCCAGGAAGAUCCACCCAGUGGCACCGACCCCCACUCGUCCAUGCUGGAUCAAGAGGAUGAAGAAACAAAUGAACAUAUGAAUAGCACUGAUGGUUGGAGCAGUAAUGAUGCUCUGAACACUACUGACGAUGAUCAUGGGAAAGGAAAUAUGACUGUUGGUAAAUUAAUGGAAACUUAUGAGAGUUGCAUUGCCAGUCUGCGGAAGUCCCAAUCAAACCGUCGCAAAAUAUCCCUUAAAAAGGUUGCGGAGGCAAAUUUUACUAAGGCGGCACGGCGUCAGGUACCUGAGGCAAUUCUGAAGCAAAUUAUCUCAUUGAACAGCCUUGACAUGGAACUCUAUGAGCAUGCUAAGAAUAUUUUUACACAAGAGCAUCUUAUGCUAAAAGGGCAGCAUCCUGUGGUGGUGCAAGACAAACAGUCGGCAGCUCAAAAGGACUGGAUGGAUACGGUCUGCGAUUCCUGGAAUUGCUCUACCUGGAAGGUUGUCGCUCUUGGUCUUGGGAUCGCAGUGACCACUGUUUUUAUUGUGUUUGCUGUAACGAGUAGAAGAACAUUAAAACUUAAGAUUUGAUAAUGAUAUUUGGAGACAACCCCUACUUUUUUAUGUACA